AAAUAGAACAGAUUUCGUAAAAGUUGUUGUUUUUCAUUGUAACUUGUGUUUAUUUAAGGCGAAAAAGAAGGAAGAGACAAUAGAAUAACUUUAAGAAAGCCUCGAGUAUAACAAUGUCAUCUAGAGGACAGACUGAGACGCAUAAACUUAAAAAGAAUCUUGAAGAUCAGCUGGACAGACUGGUUGCACAGCUUACCGACCUAGAAGAAUGCAGGGAAGACCUUGAUGAAGAUGAAUACGAAGAAACAAAAAAAGAAACCCUAGAACAGAUGAAAGAGUUCAAAACCUCACUCGACAAGAUGCUUGCUGGUGAUAUGACAUUAGUUGAUGAUCUAAACAGUAUGCAACUGGCAAUACAAGCAGCUAUAAGUGAGGCAUUUAAAACUCCUGAAGUCAUUAGAAUGUUUGCCAAGAAGCAGCCUGGUCAGUUACGGCAAAGAUUAGCAGAGAUGCAAAGGGAUCUAAAAACAGGUCAUUUAAGUCAAGCUGUAUAUACCCAACAAGCCGUAGAAAUACUAACUGCACUGAGAAAGUUAGGAGAACAGCUUAAACCACAAGAAUCUGAGUUCUUGGCUGCCAAUUCCAAUGCUGCUCUUAGUUCAUUUGAGAAAGUAUCAGAGAACAUAGGAGCUGGUGAUAGUCUUCUUAAGAUGGCUGGUUCUCAAGUGUCCGAUGCUAGAAACUAGGAUUAGAAAAUUAUGGAAUCAUAGUUGCUAACUUUGUUUGCUUGAUAAUCAUCAAUUUUGAUAUUUCUAUGUAUGUAAUAUAUACAGUAUGAGUGACUGUGUUGUAUCUGAUAUACAAACUCGAGGCGUAGCUGAGAGUUU